UAGGGAGGAAAGGGGAAAAACGCAGCCACUUGUUGCUCCAGCCGGUUUGCUUUCGAAAUGUGUUGUCAAAUACGCCAUCGCGGCCGACGGAAGAAGGCAGUCGAUUCGAAACCGUUGCGUAACAUGCAUGAAAGUUAAAUUGUUUGCAGCGUUCCCGAUUGACGUGCGCAAAUAGUGCUCACAGAUGGCCAUGAUGGACGAUGCCGUCCAGUUGGAGAAUAUGGAAUUCGUGCAAUCAUGCCCCGCUCAGUUCCGAUGCCGGCGCUGCAGUGGUCUGGACUCUUCCCUCCAGAGAGCGCGCUGUGGACAUGGGUUCUGCAUGCGAUGCGUUAACAUGGUGCGGGCCGCCCGAUUCCAGUGUCCAGUUGACUCCAGGUCCGUCGAGAAGAAAGAGCUCGUCGUCGAUAAGGAGAUAAAAGAUAAAAUCUUGGAGUUGGACGUUUACUGCUUGCAGAAGAAAAGGGGAUGCAAGAAGACCCUGCUUCUUAAAGAGCUAGAGACCCACCUGGAGAGCUGCGGCUACGUGCCCGUAUCCUGUCCGUGCAGCUGCGGUCUGCAGGUGACCAAAAGGGACCUGGCAAAGCAUCUCACCUCUACGUGCGACCGCAGACUCGUCCCUUGCCCUUUCUGCCAAGAAGAUGUCGUCUUCAAAGAUAUGGAGGAUCACGAAGAAGUGUGCGGCAAGAGACCCGUCGUUUGUCCUCACUGCAAGGCCGAAGUCAAGAGAGAGCAGCUUCCAUCCCACGAGAACUGCUGUCCGAUGAAGCCGAGAUCCUGCUUGCUGUCGGAAGCUGGAUGCCAUUUCAAGGGAACAGCCGAAGAACUCGAAGAACAUUCGAGUGAUGUUCAGAGCCAUUUGAAAGUGAUUGCUGAAUCUAUGAUCGAAAGUCGAUUGAAUAUAAAGAACCUCGAAAUAAAAAUUCAAGAAACAGAAUCAGAAAACACAAAGUUAAAGGAACAGUUACAGGACCUUUAUCCUGUCUUGGGUACAGUCAAAAGUCUUGAUAGAACUGUCACGUUAUUGUUAGAAAAAGUAAAGAAACUGGAAAUAGCGGAGCAGACCGUGGAAGAAAUGAAUGAAACGCUCACCAGAUUGAGAGAGUACAUGCAACGAGUCCAACCUGCAGUAGUCCAGGACCACAAAUCGAUAUCGCCGCAAGGCACCAAGUCACCGGAAGCCAAAUCGCCUCCUCGAGGCCUCUUCAAUCCCAACACAUCUUUCGAGGACCACAAACCCAAACAUGCCGCACCCCCCACAGAUCUGUGAGUUGAUAGAAGUUGUUGCUCUGGCAGAGGACGGCAAAUAAUCAUUAAAAAUUUAGAUAGAAGCAUUUCAAAGUUCCAUUCUCUGGAUCUUCGAAUUAUUCUAAGACUCUUCCAGAACUGCACGUGUGACUGAUUUUCGUUACUGCUAGGGGACUUUCGGUUUGCGCUAUAACCCUAUCGGCAAGGUGCUUUGAAUUUGGAUUCUUCCUGCGUGAAUCUUUCCUGCCUAUCUUCAGAGCUUCUUCAGGACAUAUAUAAGAACCGAGGCUAUUUUUCGUUACCAUCGGCAACAGCUUCGAAUAUUCUUAGCAGUCCAAUCGCUUGAAGGAUGCCACAGAGACCAAAAAGUAUCAUUGUUCUUUCGUGGAUGCAGAAAAGGUUACGAGUACACUAUAUCUGUCUAAUCGGACGCAAAAGACCAACACGUCCGGAUUAUGUGCUGGUAUUUCAUCAUUAUUAUUAUUUAAGAUAGAGUUCGAACUUAUUCCGAUUUUACAAAAUAUCUUCAACUUCUGAGAUGCUUAUAUAACAGCAAGAAAUGAUUUUGAAAAACCAGACACUUUUCAUGUACUGAUUCUUGUAUUUAAAAUGUUUAAUACAACAGUCGUAGAUUGUUUUAUAAUUGUGUCAAUGUGCGGACGGAGAAAAAAGAAAUUCAGUUUAAUAUCAUGUGAACUAACGGAUUAGAUGCCCAUUGACAAACACCUCCCAGCCAGCUAGUAGAAGACGAAGAAAGAGACAAACAUUUCUACUAGAAUUGUAUAAAAAAUCUAUUUAUUUUCAUAUAUAAAAGUCAACUCUACUCAAAAAAUGUAAAAAGCUCAGAAACACAGUGUAUUAGAACACAAGAGUAUCCGAGUUUUGUUCUUUUUGGUAUGGUGGAAAUGACUUUUCUGUACAUACAAAAAAAAAUCUGAAUAAGAAUGGGAUGACAAUACAUCCCAUUUAAUGCAAAAUAAAAGCAUGAAGAGUUUCAAACAUGUUUCAACACAACAAAGAAUUUCUAUUCCAAUUUUUUAAAAAUAUCCAUCAUGCAACAUUAGCAGCAGCAAUAACUCAUGAAUAGAAAGCAGAUAAGCCUGUACUUUCUUUUUAUAAAUAAAUAUGCUUUUUGAUUUUCUAUACA